AGCUCGUAUGCGUUGUAGCGUGUAUGCUGGACAAGCCAUCCACGGUGCUGUGUGGCAUACGCUAGGGUGCAAUGGGUGCCACUUAACCACACCCGCUAGCAGGGUUCCAACUUCCAAGCAUGAUCAAUCCCGACGCGUUGGGGCAGUGCCGAUAGUCCAUUAGUUUGGCGUACGCAUACAUAUGCACUACGUAGCCUGGUAAUUAGGUAAGACCUAGACUCUUGACAGCGAAAAGAAAAGGCUAUCAACAUUCAUCGAUCCGGCGAUAGAGAUCGAUAUCUACCUAUUCAUCUGCCUAUUUGGGGCCUCUCCGGUGGGGUACUGGAUGCCCUCCUUAUUAUUUGCUUUAUCACAACAAGAUCCCCAUUCACCACCAAAUCAGUGGUGAGUUCGAGUUCGCCGUGAUCCGAGAGCGACAGCAUCUCGCGCCCGGAGCCAUGGCACUUCCUUCGAUUCUCCGGGUUCGCAAGCGGGCGCCUGAGGCCGGCUCGCCCUCGUCGGACCAUGCCUCUCGUCGAAAGGAGGCCGGUGCUCCAGACAUCAGCCAGGCCGAUAUCAAACGCAGCACCAAGUCACGUCGUGUCUUUAUUAUUAUCGCUUCCCUCUCCUAUCUACUUGCGUUUGUCUUCCUCAUUUUGGUCGUCAUCGGAAAUACUAGCAACAAGCCAGUAUUGAGAGAUAUUUACUUUUUCAAAUUGGACCUGGCAGAUAUUCUUCCCUUAUCUGUGCCCAAUGCCACCUUGAUCAAUAGUAUUGCGCGGACUCUGGGUCUGCAUGACUUCUAUCAGGUUGGGCUGUGGAAUUUCUGUGAAGGCUAUCAGAAUGAGGGAGUCACAUCCUGUUCCGAACCCGAGAGUCUGUACUGGUUCAACCCAGUGAGCAUCAUCAUGGACGAGUUGCUGGCCGGCGCCACCAUCGCUCUUCCGACCGAGGUGGUCACGCUGCUCGACAUCCUGCGUCUGGUGUCCCGGCUCAUGUUCGGCUUCUUCAUCACCGGGACGGUCCUCACCUUCGUCCUUAUAUUCGCCACCCCCAUCGUCGUCUACUCCCGCUGGUGGAGCCUGCCGUUCGCUAUCAUCUCCUUCAUCUCCGUGCUCCUGAUCGUGGCCGCCUCCAUCAUUGCCACCGUCAUCAGCCUAGUGUUCAAGUACGCGGCCGAGUCGCAGUCCGACCUGAACAUCCACGCCUAUAUCGGCGUCAGAAUGAUGGUUUUCAUGUGGCUUGCCUCUGGGUUUGCCCUCCUGGCCUUUGCCAUUCACUCGGGCUUGGGAUGCUGCUGCACCUCGAGGCGAGACAUCAAGAUCGGGCUGAGGCGGGUCAAACGGGCUGGUUAAACAGCAUGUAAGCUAGAGAUUAGUAUCGGGUGACCGAGGAAACCCUGCAAUGGAAACGAGGCAGUUGACUUUGAGGGUAUAGACCAUAAAAGUUCUAUGGAGACACAACCUAACUCCAUCAUGAUAGCGGUCUUUUUGUAAUCCCGGUUAAUUUUGAUUCCAUUCUCACACUUGCCCCUUGAUCAAACCAAGGAAUGGACUUGUGGGCCUGCUGCCA